AGGCAUUCCGUUUAAAAUAUAUUACAACGGCUGUGCAAUUUCCUACCUACCUCCGAUAUGUAAAUUAACUGAGCUACCUGGUGUUUUAUGAAUAUCUUAGCGCAGAUUUAGUAACCGACGAUAUUUCACGAACAGCAACGAAUGGCGUUGUUUGGACGUUUUCGACCACCUAAACCGCCACAGACCACAAAUCUGCCACAAAAGGAACACGAGAUCAUAGAACGAGUCUCAAGUUCGCCAGUUUGAUACUAACCGUGUGUGUCGAAAGUAUAAAUCUGCACUUCGCGCUUUGUUCGUCGACUGCCAUGGUAGAUGCGAUGGACAAGGACGAAUUUGACGUAUUUUAUGAACAGACCAACGAAGAAUCAGGGAUAUCUAUCGUCCUGUGGUCUGUUGUAUUUGUAAUUUUGCUAAUUGUAACGAUAUGGUUUUAUUUCUCCCAAAUUGAGCCUGGUCGGAAAAGGAAAAAAUCCAAUACUAUAGACGAAGGUGAUGUAACUCAACGAACUUUGAACACACAUAAACCGCGCAAAAGUAUUGAAAGUUUGGAAUCUGCAAGUGGUCCCAGCGAUGAGCCCUCGACUUCGACCGGUAGUAUACAAAAUUACGAAAUUAUUGACGGGGAAGUUCGUAUAAAUCACUCAAGUUACGAUGGUGGAAAUAUCGUUUUGUCAUCACGAGGCGAAGACAUCGCUCAAAGAUCGCUCGUACGAAGACCGUCUAUGGAAGAUAUGUCUCUUAUAUUCCCGGGGACUUUACCUGUUAUUGUGGAGGAGGAAGAGGAUGAAGAUGAUAUUAAGUGUUGUAAAGAUAUGAUUAGCGAAACAACCGAUUCUGUGCUCCUUGGAAACGAUAGUGACGAUUCUAAGAGCUCUACAAACAACACUUUUCGUAAUGUCGGAAUGGGAGACCUGGGCAACAACAUUGAUAAUAUAUCAAGUAAAAUUUCGUCUAAUUCUGGCCAAAGCGAGAUUUAUGACAAACAAGGAACAAGUUUGUCUAGUGUUGGUGUUGGACGACAUGGAGUGUACAACAAUAAAGGAAAAUUACCGGCGAAAGAAACGGAGAUAAGACAUCGGUUUAGAAACAGCGAAAGUGACGGGGGCGCAAAGAACAAUUUACUUCAAAUUACGGGUCAAAAGACGGAUAAUUCAGUGAAAAGACCAAUAAGGGGAAAUAUUCGUAUAACUUUGGUUACUAAAUCAUCUGUUCCCAAAAUUAAUGUCGAUAACACUUUGGAUCCCGAGCGAAUGAAUGAAUUAGGAUUACGGACCUCUAUUUCCGGUCCGCCAGCGCACGAGAUUGUCCCGGAGCGCGCAGUCGUUAGUGAUAUACCCUCGAGAAAUAAUAAGAGUUUGAGUUUGAAUGAAAAGCCAGGCGAUCAGCCAAAUCAUGGGUUAGAUGCAAAUGACUGCUGCAAUAAAAUAUCAUCAAAGGCGACCGAGUUAAUCUAUGCUGAAAAUUCCCUUGAUUAUGUAAACAUUGGAGCAAAAAAGACAUUCUACUCAGUCAGAGAGCUUCACGAAAAAACACCUGAAAUGGAGUUUGCUGAACACGGCACCCUUAAAGAGGAUGUUUGCCCUGGAAAAGUUUACUCGGACGAGUGUAUUUCCUGGUCUAAGGAGAACGUAACGGAUUUGAAUAGGACACCGCACUAUUUGGAAGGAUUCAGUGAGGUAGAAAAUCGUGAAACAUCGUUAACUCAUGCGUGGACGUUUUUUGCGAUGUCCGACGGCAGUGUAAGUUCAGAAGGUGAGCGACUGGAGCCGCUAGAUGGUGAACAACUAAUAACGCUACACGUCCCAAAGAUUACUGUUGGCUCAAAUGAAAUAGACUGCCCCCCAGAGCCGGCAAUAUUGGCUACUAAUCACACGAAAGGAAAACAAUUUGUUGAUCCCACAAGUGAUAAACACUUGGAAGAUUUCGAGACCGACGUUGACGUUGAUGAUUUGAUUUUAGAGGAAGAGAACGAAUUACACGAGAGAGAUAAUUUAAGCUUGUACCUUAAACGCCCCGUCUCCGUUACUGAUCUCGACAAAGUGUUGUCGCUAUCCGAAGAAAAUUUAACCCAUAAAGAACACCUGAGGAAAGAAAUCAAAACUGAGCUUUCGCGCGAAACGGACUUUGAAAAAAUUGUUCAAGAAAUUGCGGCUGAAAGUUCCAGUGCUGUCAAUCGGCGUUCAUUCACUGAGACGAAUCUGGAUGAACGUUUUGAUAACCUUGAGGAGAUAAGAGCUCGGAGUUUGAAAGAUUUGGAGUCAAGCUUAUCGUUAGAGGGCAUAGAAUCUAAGCAAACAAUGAGUCACUCGAAGGCAUCUAAAUAUAGAUGGGUAUCUUGCGAUAGAGUUUAUCCAACUUCUGAGAACGAGAGAAAUGUUAGCUCCACACAUUCUUCUAGCUAUGGGGACUGUUUAAAUGCCUAUUCGGAAAGUGGCGCCGAUAGUACUAAGCGUAAGAAGAGUAGAAUAACAAUCAAGAUUGUCACGAAAAAGGUCGUCAACAAUGAAACUGUGAGCCGAGAAGGAACGAUUGUUAAUUCGUGUUAUGACGCAGCUUCAAAUGGGAUAUCGCCACUUUCUCCAAGUAACGGAAGUUCAGGGGAAAAAUCGGUAAAUAUGGAUGAAACAGCAUGUGGUGUUAAAGGAUCUAGUGCUGAAAUAGAGUCUCGCAGAACUGGUAAAGAGAUUUCUGAGAACGAUAAUGCAAGUUGUUUUCCGUCAGAUGGUGUUUCGGGAGAUAGUACGCAGCAACACGGGCAAAAUGCAAUAGAGGGAGGUCCUAUCUUGGAGUCUGCUAGACCUGUUUUUUUAGAUUUCCAACCGGUAGAUGAGUUUAAUUCAAGCUUAGUACUUAACCAGGAACAGUGUUUAGCGAAAAAAGAAGCUGGUGUUUCCGGGGUGUUAAAUGUCGGCACCCCUAGCGCUAAAGCUGAUUAUAAACCCGGAUCACAGACAGCCUCCCAGGAGAAAUCGCAGACACAACACGCUUUGACCGAGGGGGCCUUUUCAAAAGAGGAUACAUCACGGCAUCUAGAAGGUUCUUAUCGGGAAGAUAUUGCGAAGGAUGGGAAUUCGCCGAUAGCAGGAACACACUCUAAAGAUACCACAGUAAAAGCGAUUGGCACGGUGGAUCACGAUCAACACAACGCUAGAGCAAUGCCUCGGGUCACGCAACGAACUGUCGGGGUCACGCGAGAUACUGCUAUUUCAAUGAAGGACAUUGUUGAUACAAGAGCUACGUUUGAUACUGUCAUGCAACAAAUUGUGAACCCUAUUAUCACGCAAGGUAUGGUAAAGCCUAGUGUCACGGGAGAUUCGAUUACAUCAGAUUGCAUUUGUGUGGAUAGAGAUAUUCAAGACGCUGUCACGCAUUUAAAAGAUGUUGAUAUAGCUGAUUCAAGUGCCGUUCAACACACUGGUGCACCUACCGUCGAAUCUGUAUGUUUGGAUGAUGUUUUUUCGCCGAUGGCGGGUUACGAUGAAGUCACGCAAGAUGCAGACACUCUUCGAAACCCACAACGUUCGGUCUUACCUAUGGAGAAUAUAGAUUGUGUGAAUGCAAGUGUCACGCAGUCUAACGUCACGCCAGUUGAGGACCGUGCGGCGAUGGUCACGCAUGACAACUUGUCACGAAUGGAACUUUGUAUUGAAAAUAACACGUCUGGAUAUGGACAUGCAAUUGAAGAUUUAAAUCAAGCGGAGGAUUCACACUGCAUGCAUGAUAAUCACGUGACCGUCACGCAACGCGAGAUGGAAUGUGAUAAUGCUGCUGACAGCUUGGUGACCAGUGGUAUAACUUUUGCGAGUGAAGAAAAUGAAUGCUUUGAUACUAUUAUUUCGGAUAAUGACGUAACUGUUAAGAGCAACCAAGAGUUGAAUUCAGAAGAAGUAACGCAUUCGCAUGCUUCAAGCAAUGUGAUGGUCGCCACACAACCUGCAGAUCUAAACUCUGAUAUCUCAGUCACGCCAUCUAUAAAACUGAGCAAUAACUUUUCUUCCACACAGUCUGCAAAGCUUAACGAUGUUGUUCCAAAAAUUGACCAGAAAUUAGCUUCGGAGGUUGCAAAUGUAACGCAAUCUUCUGAUGAUGGCAGUGAUGUUCCAGUCACUGUAACAACAGUAACCGGAACAAUAACACCAGGUGUCACACAACAAACUGUGAUGCCUAUUGUCACGCAAGGUAUGGUAAUGCCUAGUGUCACGAGAAAUUCGAUUACACAAGAUUCCAUUUGUGUGGAUAGAGCUACAAGUAUCACUCUAAACAGUCAGUCAAUAUGUGUCACACAACAGGGGAGUACUGGAAAUGCCACCUCAAAUGGUCAGAUAAAUGUUUUGAUGGCUGAGAUCUGUGCUGAUAGAGAAGAACACGAUGAGCUGCCUGAAGAGUUCAACGACCUAAAUACACAACCGGAAGCAGUCACGCAAUCACACGAUGCCUUAUUGUCACAACAAAUUCUUCCUGAUCCCGCAGCUCCCGUUGAAGACACGCUCCUACAACCUGCCGAUGACACGUCUCUUGACAGCCACAAUGUCACGCUACCCAAGAAACCUGGUGUUAAUUUGAACAUUUUAACGCAAGCUGAAGUCGAAAAUGUCAAGCAAGGUAUGAAGGAUGGUGAUGCUUCACAAAAUUCAGUCUCAUCGCCGGAAGAUGUAUGCUCUGAUAUCGCUCAUGGCUUUCCUGCUGUCACGUCAUCUGGUAACAUCACGACGUCGAUCGUCACGCCAUCCAAGGACGUCGAUCAAGUAAGUCACGCAGUUGACGGCAUUAGGCCUGACGAUGACGUCAUAGAGGUUCCAUUUGUCACGCAAAUCAUUUGCGAAGACACCAAACUUGCAGUUAUGACGCUAAACGAUGAUUACGUCAGUGACAUACUUUACGGCAUAUCACCUGAUGACGUCAUAGAUACACAAACUGUCACGCCAAGUGCUGACGUUAAGGACACGAUGUCACAAACAGAUGACGGUCCAAGUCACGCACCUAUUGUUGCACCGCUGCACGAUUUCUGUGAUAAUUCUCUUGCUAAAGCCUAUCUUACGGAUGAAGUCGUUUUCACGCCAGAUAAUUCUUAUGAAAGCCAUGUCACGCAGCACGAUACCGUUGUAAUAGAUUCACCUGUCACACAACACGAGGUUUUACAAGUUGCAAAAACUAAGAAGGUCACAAAACAACCACAAGUCACUCAAGACGGCUUGCCGUUUGGAUACGAACAGGGAAUGACGACAUUGAAAUAUGGUAUUGUUAUGCCACUUCCGGUAAUGUCACUUCCGGAUAUGUCACUUCCGGAUGGUUUUGGAGAUCGACCUUUUGAAAGUCUCUCAGCUUUACCAAUAAGCGAACCGGAGGUGACACAGCAACAAGAGGUCUUAGAGGACGAAAAGGACGAUGAGUCAUCUGUGGAAGAAGAUCAGGCUGUAGAAUACAGUGAGCCGGAAGUAACGCAACAAGACACUGUCCUUGGCGUAGCCGAUAAUGCUUCUGUACCGGAUGUGAUAAGAUUCAAGCAGGAUGCGUUCCAGUUCAACGAAAGACCACUGCCCGAUGUCACGCUUUCUGCUGCAGAACCAGAUAAAGAUGUCACGCAAUACGAGGAACAACUCGUAAACAGCUCGACUAAAAAUGAAAUCUCUCCACCUCUCAUAAAAUACGAACAGCUUGUAACACAAAAUGGCCCGCAUCCGAUCAUUGACACAAAAACGCAAUGUGUCACGCCUACUGAUGUCGCGCAAACUCCAAAGCACAGUGUUACGGAUGUCACACAAACCGUCACACAACGUUACUCGCAGACGGCAAGAGAUGAGGAGGAGGUUGUCCCCAUCUUGGCUGCGCGGUCGAUGUUCAAACUAGGUGGAAUGGAAUGGGAAGUAUUGACUAAAGAAGGUUGGACAUCACUCGAUAAUCACAAGAAUCGGUCAGGACUAUUUCUGCCCUCUGAUCAUUUCUUGGAACUCGACUUCCCAGAACACAGGCUAACGAACACCAAAGCCACUGCUCAGGAAGAUGGAGAUCGUCAGGUCAUUGAAGAAAUUUGCCCUGUCUUACACAACAGAAAAAGGUCUUUAAAGGAAGGAGAAAUGUCCUGGGACGGAGAAACACCUGCAAAAAAGGCAUUCAAUGAAAACGAGGCUGUUUUCCAAGAAGCGAGUAGCGUGGAUGUUAAUUUUGAUGAUGUUUUUGAAGUUCGGUUGCGCCACGGAAAGAGUAACACGACGGAGCAUGCGCAAGAUGUAUGCGAAGAUAAGAUCGCACCUGUUUUUCAACAAAAUGCAGAACUAGAAGAUGUAAAUGAGCUACUUGAGGCCUCGUUGAUACGCGACGAUAAAGUCCAACCUGUUAUUAGAGAAACUUCACCGGUCCACUUGUACGACAGAUUCGGUAAAUGGACCCCUUUGGAGAAGGGUCCACGAACGCUCUCCGAUGACCAUCGAGUGUUAUCCGACAUGCAAGUGUUUUCCGAUCAAUUGUCCAACGUCCUGGAAGAAGAUGUGAAGUCUCGGGUAGUACCCAAGAGUGGGUUGAGGGCCAAUGGAAGUAACAAGGUGGUAGAGGACAUUUUCCCUGUUAAGAAACAACGAAGGCAAUCUCUUAAUGGCUUAGAUGUAUUAUAUAAGAGAGACAGUGACAGUGAUUUAUUUUUCCUUGUCCCUCCUACUCGUAACCCGAGAUCGAAUGAUGAGUUUGAUGACAUGCUGCAAAAACAUAUUCGUGGUCCAAGGAAGAAAGACUUUACGACCGGAGUAACAGAGGAAAAGAUUUCACCAGUUUUAUGCGAGAGAAAAAGAUCGAUUGAUGUGUUGGGGUUAAUGGAAAGUGAUCCUACCGCUUCUAAAAGACCAUCGGCUCUAAAUAUAAAGCCAGAGCUCCUACGCUCAUUGAACCAAAACUCGACACAGAAAGUACCAGAGGUGGAGAACUCUGUGCAGCUACAAAAGACUUCCCUGCCACCCGAAGUAUUGAAUAACAAGCAAUUACUACAUAAGCAUCACACUGCCACACUUUCACGGCGACAAGAGACAGCGGAGACAGAGACGUCGGGUUACAGUCACUUGGAAAAUCUAAAGCAAUCGGAACCGGAAGAUAGUGGUACUUGUUAUGUCUCACCGCAGAAAGAAGAACUUACCUCAUUUGGAGAAAGCGCUAGUAAUUCCCUUGGCGACCUAGCAGGUGAAUUGCGAACGGCCACGUGCCUAUCGGAACCGGAAGACAGUGGUACUUGUUAUGUCUCACCGCAGAAAGAAGAACUUACCUCAUUAGUAGAUAACGCUAGUAAUUCCCUUUGCGACCUAGCAGGUGAAUUGCGAACGGCCACGUGCCUACCGGAAGUUACUGUUGCUCUGGAAAAUACUGCAGGUGAUAAACGAUAUGUCACGCAUUCAAAGGAAGCUACUCUCCCUUUAUCAUCUACAACAGAUCACGUGGAAGCUGUCACGCAUUCACCGGAAGUUGAUUAUCCUUUGUCACCUACAGCAAAUAAUGCGCGAGCUGUCUCGUAUUCACCAGAAGCUUGUUAUCCUUUGUCAUCUGCAUCAGAUCAUUUGCGAGGUGUCACGCAUUCGCUGAAAGUUGUUGAUUCUCUGGCGACUACAACAGGUGAUGCACGAUAUUUAACGCAUUCACCAGAAGCAAAUGAGCCUCUAGCAACAAGAGCAGGCGAAUUACCAACUGUUAUGCAUUCACCGGAAGCUAUUCAUCCUCUGCCAUCAACAGCAGAUAAAGUACGAACUGUCACGCAUUCACAGGAAGUUGUUAGUUCUCUUACUAUAACAGCAGGUGAAGUACGAUCUGUCACGCAUCCAUCGGACAUAUUUGAUUCUCUGGAAUCAAAAGCAGAUAAAGUAGCUGAAGGUGUGAAACCUGUGACGCAGAUACCAGAAGAAAGUGAGGCGGAAAUAAAACCCGUGAAGCAGCCAUCUGAACAAAUUGAGCCGGAGGAAGAACCUGUGACGCAGACAUCUGAAGAAAGUGAACCGGAAGAAGAACCUAUGACGCAGAUACCAGAAGAAAGUAGGUCGGAAGCAAAACCUGUGGUACAUAUACCAGAAGAAAGUGAGCCGGAAGUAAAAAAUUCAAAGCAGACACCUGAAGAAAGUGGGCCGGAAGUAGAAUCUGUGAAGCAGAAAACAAAAGAAAUUAAAAUGGAAGUAAAACCUGUGACUCAGAUACCAGAAGAAAGUGAGCCGGAUGUAAACCCUCUGACGCAGAUACCAGAAGAAAUUGAAACGGAAGUAAAACCUCUUUCGCAGAUACUGGAAGAAAUUGAGACGGAAGUAAAACCUAUGACACAGAUACCAGAGGAAAUUGAGACGGAAGUAAAACCUAUGACACAGAUACCAGAGGAAAUUGAGACGGAAGUAAAACCUAUGACACAGAUACCAGAGGAAAUUGAGACGGAAGUAAAACCUAUGACACAGAUACCAGAAGAAAUUGAGACGGAAGUAAAACUUGUGACACAGAUACCACAGGAAAUUGAGACGGAAGUAAAACCUAUGACAGAGAUACCAGAGGAAAUUGAGACGGAAGUAAAACCUAUGACACAGAUCCCAGAAGAAAUUGAGACGGAAGUAAAACCUAUGACACAGAUACCAGAGGAAAUUGAGACGGAAGUAAAACCUAUGACACAAAUACCAGAGGAAAUUGAGACGGAAGUAAAACCUAUGACACAGAUACCAGAGAAAAUUGAGACGGAAGUAAAACCUAUGACACAGAUACCAGAAGAAAUUGAGACGGAAGUAAAACCUGUGACGCAGACAUCUAAAGAAAUUGCGCCGGAAGUAGAUAGUAUUUCGUCAUCGCCGGAGCAUCUUCCCGAGGAUACGCUGCAUACUGAUGAUAGUUUUGAAAAGUGCGAAGCGAUGUCAGAGGCGGAGAUGGAGAUCCGCACUAUCCUGUAUAAGAACUACGAGGUCACCGAGACGGAGGAGGUGUAUAUUGUAGAGAAAACUUCGCCUCCCAUUUACACAGUACGUCACGCGAAAAGCCACGACGAGCUUCUUAGCGCAGGAAGGGAAGACUUAGAACUAAGAAAUAAAAUGGAAACUCCUUCAGGCAGAAGUAAACCUCUAGGGACCAAUUCCCCACAGCUAUUGGUGUCCCAAAUUAACGGAAGUGGCGUCAUAGACCCACGUGAUCAGGAGUCGUUGGCGGCCCGCGUUAGGGUGGAUGAAAUUAUUGGCAGCACGCGCCGGAUCACAAUUCUGAAUGUCCACAAGAAGUCACCAGGUGCCUCGCGCUGGAAGUCAAUGAGCGAAUUGGAUGGACGCGGGGGUUCAUAUGUGGCAUUUGCUGGUAAAAACGCCAGUAACAUUGAAGAGCAAUUGGAACUCGGACCAAGCGGUACCCGGGAGACUGUAUUUGCUGUUACCGGGGUAAGUCCCACUCUUUCAUCCGACUCACGCUACACUGACGAAGAAAGUCGAAGUUCAACGAGGGUUCCACCAACUGAUGGGAUUCCUUUCGAGGAGUCAAAGACUACAGCAACUCUGGCCAGCCCUGACUCUUUCUCUUUGUCUAGCGUCCGAAGUUCUGCCACAAGUAGUCCUAUUACCAACCGUCCUGAUUCGAAACGAUUACCCAAUGAAAGAGUGAAUAUUACCAGGGAGCCAAGACGAUCACCAGAAUCUAGCCUCGAAAUGGACCAUAGGGGCCAACAUAGGAAACCAACAGCACCGCGUUAUCAACCAGUCUCCAAAAGUAUACCUGUAGAUAGGAUGUCUGUGAUCAGAGCUUCGAAAAGUCCCUCAGCGUUAGCAGAAAAUUGUGCAUCUGAUCAAGACGCACUAGAAUAUGUACCUUUUCCAUCAUACAAGUCCACACGAAGUUCCGUUCCUAGGGAAAAAUCUGGGAAACAACAAUUCGCAAUUAAGGAAUCAUCAAAGCUGCCAGAGGACACUGCAAAGCAGGAUGCCAAAGCAUCUGGGGAUAGGCAAGUCGUCCGGUCCAAAAUCACGUCUAUAGAAAGUGUUCGGUUAGACGUCAUAUCUCCUUCAAGUGUCCUUUCUGAUGGGAUAUCUCUUCCAAGUACGCGAUCUGAUUCUGUUUCUCCUUUUAGCAUACGCAGUUCAGAAAACGCCAGUCCCCAGUUUGAUCGUACAGACCCAAAACGAAUGUCUAAAGAAAGAAUAUUUGCAGUCAAAGGAAUACGUCCUAACGAUGCCCGCCUUGAAACUCCUUCCCCGGAUAGUCUUCGAAGCUCUGCCAAUAAUAGUCCAAGCUUUGAUCGCUUAGAUCCCAGGCGAGUAUCAAAAGAACGGAUCUUUGCCCUCAAAGGUGUGCAACGCUCUAAUGCACCACAACAUAAACUGGAUAAUCAGGAAUCGAACAUUUGUUUUAGAACAAUAUCACCGGCUAGUUCCCGAAGUUCAGCGAAUAGCAGUCCAAGGGUCGAACACUCGGCAGGCAGCACGCCAAGUUUUGAUCGAUCUGACCCCAAACGGAUCUCAAAGGAGCGAAUAUUCGUUAUCAAAGGGAGGCGCCUUUCAGUUGAACAGGACAAGGAUAAACCAGAUGGAACGAAGACGCUCGAAAGCGCCCGUAGCUCAGCUAGCAGUACUCCAAGUUUUGAUAGAUUGGAUUCAAAGAGAGAGUCAAUUGAAAAGACGUUUGUUCCGAAAAGUGAUGCACCAUCUCUUUUCUCGCCAUCAGAUUCCCAAAUUUUCAUGAAAAAAUCACCACGAACACAAGAAAUAAAAGAAUGUGUUCCUGGAACUUACCUUGGAAAAGCCCAAAAUGCCGAAGAUGCUAUCGCCCAGGGUGUAGAAAAGAAAUCAGAAACAGUUUUAUUUGACGAUUCAUCAUCGACAAAACCUCCAGUAAAUGUUAACCAAGGUGGUGUGUUUAACCGUUCAGACCCCAUUCGCAAAUCAAAGGAACGUCUUUUUGUUAUCAAAGGGCGAAGGACGCCUACUCACAAGGACGAUCCAGAUAAAGCACCUUCUAUGUCCCCUCCUAGUGUACAGAGCUCUGAAUGCGAAAACCCAACAUUUGAACGUUCUGACCCAAAAAGGAAGUCCACGGAGCGUAUGUUUGUCAUCAAAGGUCAUAGGACCCCUACAUUUGACGAGGUAACUGACGUCAGGAUUAGUGAUCAAGACAGGGCAUCGUCCUUUUCACCUCUGAGCACGGAGAGUAAGGAGAUGGCAUCAGGACUAGAUCGUGGGGAUCCUAGAAGAAGGUCGAUGGAAAGACUAUUUGCUUUAAAAGGUCGUAAGACGCCAACAUCUGACCUUGACAAUAACUCUUCUUUGCCCAAGAAAAAGGACUCCUCCUCUUUGCCAACUCUGACCAAUUCUGGAAAAGAUAAGCAGUCUCGUUCUUUAGGAAGGGAAGAGAACCAGCGCGGAAGCGCUACCUCACCAACACCUAGUUUUUCACGUUCAAAGGAAAUUAGUUCGACGUAUCAACGGAUACCAUUAGAGAAGGCGUUCGAGCCCAAACGAAUAACUGAAGGAAUUCAGUCAGCUCAGGCUGACAGGAAACGCGAGAAUGAAUGCCGUCAAAGAGAUGACAGUGUAUCACCAACGCCUAGUUUUGCAAGCUCAAAGGAAAUAAGCUCAAAGUACAAGAUGAAUCAGCCAGAGUCAUUUGUUCGAUCAGAGGUCAAGCGUGAGUCUAAAAAUAGAAUGCUGUCCGACCCCAGCGACAGAAAGGGCCACGAGAAGUGUGACGAUAAUAGUAAAAGGCAUAGAGAUAAGACUGCUUCGCCGGCUCCUAGUUUCUCAAGCUCUAGAGAAAUAAGCUCUAGAUACCAACAGGACGUGUACAGGAGAACAAGUGAAGACAGUGACUUUGGAAGAGAGUCGACUGAUGGUGAGAAUAGUUACCACAGAGCGCGAAGAGAUCCUGAGAAGGGAAGGGACACAAAGAGUUCUCAUCAGAGAUAUACCUUAGAAGACGGAGAGGGUGCAGGACGUUACGAGACAUCCUCAAGGGCUGACGGUGAUAAGAGAAGUAGUAAAGAGCCUCGAUCACCGACAGGGUCUCGGGUGAAUGACCAGAGGGACCUUGUUCAUGGAUUGGAUCGACGGACAUCUGACCCUACAGGAAGAGAUGAAAUGGAGCGCCACAUAAGCAGAGGAUAUAAUGUGGACCCAAAAAAAGAAGAACAAGUACGGUACAGAGAGGAAAAAGGGUCGCCAAUUCGUCGAAUUCACUCGAGCCAAGAUAGCUCUUUAGACAGAAGGAGACAAGAAGAGCAUAGGAGACACUCAGAGAAGAGUGCUCGGGAGGAGCUAAGAAACAAUCCAAGAAAGGAGGGAUCUUUGGAGAUGAGGCAGGAGCGAAGGAGAGAUCGGCCUGCCUCGAAUCGACCCGUUUCACCGCAGAGUAUACAAAGAAGAGGUAAGGGAGGCAGUCAUGAUCGUCUGUCAAGCGAGCAAAGAUCUGUAAGCCCGAAGUCAGGCUUAAGCGAGAGACGAGAAGAAGGUGUCAUGGAAUCCACGAGGGCAAAAAAUAACCGAGUAGUAUCACCAAGUUCGUCAAUUGACAACAAGUCUCGACCUAAGUACAACGAGCAGCUUGUGGAGGAAUACCUCAAAUCGAUGGAGAAGCACUUAGGAAAGACCCCUGAUAUAGAAAUACAGCAUCCAGUCUUGCGUGACAGGCGUAAUCACAGCCCUUCGAGAAUGCGUGAAACUGAAAGAGUGCGUGCUCCUUAUCGCGACAGAACUCAUAACCACGAUGAACAAAGGAGUCAUGAGCGUGACCGCGAAAGAAAGCGUGUUUCAUAUGAAUUUGAGAGAGAUUAUCACAGGCGUGAUGAAGAAAGAAAGCGCGACAUGAAUGAGCGACAAAGACAGGAGAAGCGUGACUUGCAUGAACGUGACGCAGACCGUGGGCAUCGCGAUGACCGGAAUAACCACGAAGAUCCAAGGCGUGGCACAUACGAGCGUGAGAGAAAUAGAAAUCGAGACAGGUAUGAUGGUGACGAGAAAGGUGACUCUGUUCAGUCUAACCGAGAUGGAAAUCAUGAUCGUGGUACACACGGUGAAAGAAGCACUGACCCUACUUCCCUAAGACACCAUAGAAAGCAAGAACAGACGGGAAUGUAUGCCAAAUGCCAAAAAGGAGAGUUACCAACGAAACUCGCGCGGGACACUGAUAAACGCAAACCUUCAACAGAAUUUGGUCAGGAUUCUUGUCCCGACUCAAGGAAUACGGCAGCACUCAAGCGAGCUGAAAACAAGUACCCGUCAUUAGAGGCUACUGCAAAUGUGAAGACAACCAAAGAAACGCAAGUGGUAAUGAAAUACGAAAGAAAGGAUGCACAAGAAGAUACAAGAGUGGGACUUGCACCCCACGAUGCAAGAAAACUCUCGUCGAAUGAAGAGCAUGAUAAAGGGGUCUCUUUAAAAGGUAGAAUACCUGUAAGUAGGCACGGAGAGACUGGGAUUCUGCCAAAGGAAGAAGCAGAUGCUAGUUGUAAUGGAGAAGACUGUCAAUGCCUGGAGAAACUCUACAGUGGAAAAGAAUUGAAACCAGCUUCGAAAGCAGACUCAUUUUACGGGAAAACCUUCCGAAUAACAAAGACUGGAUGGCUGGAAAAGUUACCAUUAAAAGCUUUAGAAUCAGAAAUAACACAGGACAUGGCGCCGGAAUUGGAAGUGGAAGACGAUGAUGACGACGAAGAGUUUGUUCCUGGAAGGGAGAGUAGUAUAAUGGUUACAGAUCUAGACGCUCUUCUUGGCACCGCCCCUAUGCCUGCCAAUCCUGAAAGUGAAACCAGGGAGAUUAAAAAUGUAGAGAAAGAGAUAACUACAUCCAAAAGUGUGGAGAGCUAUGACGUUCGGGCAGCAAAUGUCAAGGAGACAAGGAGCAUUGUGCCAGUUACUAAGUACAAACAUCCAGUCCUGCAAGAAAUUACUCAUUCAGAGACCACUCCAUCGGGAAUCCAAGAAACAGACCUUGACGAGCUAUUCCAGGAAAAGGACGACGAAGACAGAGUCAUCAACAAAGACGUGACGCGUUGCAUCCGAGUUCAGGAAGCAGUCAAGGCCACGCGUACUUCUAAUCGUGUUCUUGAGACUUCCAUUCACGAGUUUAGGUACGAGCAAGGUCACGUGGUCGUCGAUGCAGUGACCUCUCUCAAGGAGUAUUAUGGUGAUCCACGAGGUGAUCACAUGGUCAGGGACCACGUGGGACCCAGACCGAGAGCACAGCCCGCGAUUCCUUCUGAUGACCGCUUGAAGAAUAUCGGAAAAAAGAUUGACCCUGAUGUGCGCGCUACUCCCGAUGACCGAAACAGGCGGUGUCCUGAGGCCAGAGAGAAAACCGCUGGCAUUGACAGCGGAGAACACCAGGAAGCUCUUGUCGUUGGGAAUACCGCUGUGCAGCUGAGUAUUGAGCCUGUUUCUGAUGUCGUUACUUGUAAACAAUUACCUGAUCACGCUAGAGAGAGAUCCAAGUUCCCUACCGCUCUCAUUCAAGCUGAGCAUAAUCCGGGAGCUAUUGAGAAAAAUAUGCUGGUUGAUCCUCGCGCUGACACUAAAAGCGCUCUUUAUCCGUAUACCAAAGAUGAGCCCGUCAUACCUACCGCUGAGACGUAUUCAAAAGAACACAGCAAGGUGCAUCAAACUCAGGAAGCGAUAGCGGCCGUCUAUCUCGCCAACACCGAGUCAAUCAUUGAGGCUCAGUCAAUCAACGAAGAUGAAGAGCUUGAUGACGUGUUCACACCGGAUACUGCCGGCGCCGGAAGUGACGCAGAUUCGGAAACAUCGUCAACAAAUAGUCUGCCGCUAAAGCCGAGAUCCCGUCACACGCGGGCGUCCCUCGAGGCAGUAAUCACCACUCCUAGGAGGACACGAAACUCGCAGAGCUCAUCCGAGUCAUCGAUGACGACAGAGACUGGGACGAGACGUAAGCCGCUCAAGCCUAUUACUCCGCUGACCAGUACACCCCAGGACCCAGUCUUCGGAUUAACGCGCGAAGGCUUCAUAGUACGCUCGUCCAGAAAUGCCGCGACGGAGUCUGGACACUACUUAACAAGUCACUUGACUGCACAAGGCAACGAAUUGCUAGAAGACUUCUCGAUUGGAGCACCGCAGUCAAAGUCGCGCCCAGUAUCGACUGGGUAUUUGCUGGAAUGUUCGGAACUGAGGAACUCUGCGUUUACUCCGGUGAGACAAAAGAAAUACCACAGUGAUUUGCCAAAGGCUCCAAACUCGGAUGAAGAGAGGAGGAAGGUUAGCUUUGGAGAAAGCUUGGAGAGAAAAUCCGAGGAAGAGCCGCCAUUAUUUAAAGAAUUGUCAGAGAGUCACCAGUCAAUGCCGGACUUACACCAGAACAGAGACCCACGGGUACCCUACCACGCGCGCCUUAGUGCGCAUACUCGGCUCUGGCUCAGUCAGACCGCUGGCAUCGAUACCGCAGCCUUAUGCAAAGAUGACAGCGUUGGGUCCGAAAUUUUUCUUUACCCUUCCAAUCGAUUCCAACCCGGAAAAAGUGUCGAUGCGAGUUUCCUUUCCAUCAUUUCUGACGACUCACCCGACGAUGUAUCGACCCGUCCUUCUAGUCCCAUGUCUGAGUUCUCUUUCGCCGGCGAGGAGCCAAUGUUUGGUGCUACAUCGGAUGGGGUGACAUUGAUCGCCUGUGGAAACCCCUACUGUCGACGGGAAGACGUCUUGUACGGGAAUCAGAAAUCUUCUUUUACCUCCUGCCCGGCUUGCUAUACGUACUAUUGCACGAGAGAAUGCAGGCGUGCACAUUGGAGAGAACAUAAGAAAGUAUGUCAUUACGGCCGCAUUAAUAGCUACAUUCGCUCCUUCGUAUACUUCUGCCACAAGAAAGAAAAUCUUAAACUUCUGCUCUCGAAAAUUGCGACCAUCAACUAUGAGAAGAAAGGUCGUGGGUGCGUUAUGGUAACCUUCAACUCGCCCCAGUCCGCGCGCAAGUUCAUGACAAGUGGGUGUGUCCUCUUACCCAGUCCUCCAUCUUUCUCAACCACACGUGAAGUAAAAAGCGAAGGUGUCAUCAGCAAACAUAAAGUAGCGCUGCUACAGACGUUAAAGGAUUACGAUCCAGAGACUGAGCUCGUGCUCAACUUAGCCAUAGUAGCGGGGAGAAUCACUGAUCUACCAACCCAACCAGUUCCAAGACAGAAGUCAAGCACAGUGCUACAAUGUAUCAAGGUCCCUCUGAGCGCGUCUCUACAGACCCCUAAGCCAGAGGGUCUUGUCCCGGACAUUACAGAGGAGGUCCGGGUGUUCCAUCUACCCAAAUGUGUCCGUCAUGACUUUGUCAACGCGAUGGAGGCUCGCAGGCACUACUGCCGAAACAUCUCCAAACAGCUCAAGGACUUUGGCAUCAGACUCAAAAAGGAUUACCCAGAGAAGUAUGAUAAACUGUGCAUGUACGUCGAGAGGAAUAUCCCAUUUGAGCCACUCGUAGUGUUUGGGAACAGGGGUAGCAAGAUUGUCACAUGUAAGAUAAUGCCAGAGGGUUAUAGCAGUGAAACUGAUGUGCAGUAGACAAUGAUUUUUGAGGCCAGAUAGAAAGUUUGAAAGUCCUGUGUUUAACAUGGGGUCUGGAUGGGGUUAACCGACUAGCAACUCAUUUUUACCGACUAGGGGUGUAUCUAGGGGUGGGCCGAGCGGGACCGGUCACGCCUAGUUUGAGAUAUUUUGCUGAGAAACAACAAGAAAUAUAAGGAAAUUCACGGAAGAACAAUCUCAAUCCGCCUCCCCUUUCUAGAAACCUUUUCGCCCCCCCCCCCCCCCCCUUUUUGGGACUCCUGGAUGCGCCCCUGUAUACUACUGACGACAUUUGUGUUGCUCCAUUGUCGCAUUCUCUUUACUUUAUCUACACAAUAAAACAUAUAUCUGACUAUCGACUAAUUACGCGGACAGUUAAAGAAAAACUACGGACGUGUGUCCGUACACACCUCCCAUCUAGACCCUGAACAGCUGAAUCAUGACAAAUAGAUUGCAGGAGAAAAGCAAAACAGCAAGAGCAAUUGUAGAAUAAAUAGUUGUAGAUUGCGCUAUAAUGAUCACGAUAUUCGAAAACAAAUCAGUGAGAUUGCGUUCAAAUCUAUUCUAGGCAGUGGAUAAUCACUACAAGUUUUUGGGCUAUUCCAUGGUGUUACGAAGAGCUUUGUUUUUGGUGCUUAAGGCCUUUGUACUCUAUUUCAUUGUCUCGUUCUAAGGUCUUUGUUUUUGGCUUUUGUUCCAUUGUUUUUUUGUGCUGGUGCUUCGUAACACCAAGAAACUACCAGUUUUUAUCCUCAUUUUCCCUUUUUAAUUUUCUAGAAUAACGCCAAGCUAAUCUAGACAUAAUUUUAUUUUUUAAUUUUUCAAUUUUUGAAAAGCCAUAUAAUCAUGAAAUGAUAUAUGUAGGAUGUUUUUGUAAUACGGUAAUAGAAUAUUUUGAGAACUGUAAAUUUUCAUCGAACGUAAUAAACCAUUAUUUCAGUGGAAA